AUGACGGUAAUUCAAGAAGUCUUGCAAACGCCGAUGAUUUCACCAACACCGACCUUCUCGUCACCAUUGAUGGCCGCUUCGUCAAGCUUCGCCCCAACAGCAUCAGUUUCUUCCAAUUUCACCCCCGAAACCCUAGGGUUAAAUAUUGAACAUCUGUCUUCCACCAACUUCGCCACAACCCUGAAGGCUAAUUCCAAUAACAACAGUAAAUCGGUUCUAAGAGCUUGUUUAGGGCCAACACCAACAAUAAUACCCAAGCCUCCAAGGCUGUUUGUAUGUGAAGAAAAUCGUGUCAAGAUGGACGUCACUAUACCCCCUCAUUCUAAAUCCAGGUAUAAGGAAAUCAUGAUGGAAGUGGGAUACAACCAUGACAAAAUCUCAUUGGUCCCAAGCUCUCGAUUUGAAGAUAACAACACCAAUGACAGGUCAACCAACCUUCAUUGGUACAAAGGACCAACCCUUCUUGAAGCACUUGAUCAGAGCAGAAAGCUUAAGAAACCACCGGACAAAACACUCCGUCUACCACUUCCUAAGGUCUACAAGGUUGUUGGUAUUGGAACCGUACCAGUGGGACGUGUUGAGACCGGUGAUGUAAUGCCUCACUGGUGUACAAACGCUCUAACCACUGGAUUUAUUGCUGCAAAAGAAAAUCAAAUCAAGGAGGAAUCAAAUAUAACAAGCACUAAAGUUGAGAACAGACAAAGGGAUGUCAAUGAUCAAUCAGGUAAGUCAAACUUCACGCAUACCAUGAGGAGAAAUGGAACUGGAUUUCAACAAGGGGUGGCUAGGGAGGCUGAGAAGGGGAUUAGUGAGUUAGUGACAUUUGGUAACAAAGGUGAGGGCAACUUAGACAUGAGUACAUUUCAUGGAAAAGAAGAAAAAAAUAAUCAAGGCAUGUCUUGGUUUACACCUCCAAAUGAUGCCCAUGCAAAAAGUGAACAUUGUUAUAUUCCAAAAAGAAUGAUGCAAACAUGGAAUGGGCACACAAAGGGGGUUUUAGCGAUUAGGUUCCUACUUGAUAACAACCACUUGCUUUUGUUGGCUGGAAUGGAUACCAAGGUCAAGAUUUGGGAAAAUUUUAAUUCAGACAAGUAUGAGGAAUUAAUGGAGGUUGAUGUUAUUGAUCCCAUGAAGAUGGUGAUAUCUAACUGGGAGUAUGUGGCAGAGACGUCCCUCAUAUCAGAUUUAGUAGAGCAAGUGAGUGGGACAUAUGUAGGAAUAGGAAUUGCUGAUCAUGGCAAGGCACAAGGCAAGACAAAAAGGUCACCAAGGGGUGUUUGGAUGUUACACCAUUUCUAUCCACCUUGA